AUGCGCUGGGCGUGGAGAUUGACGGUGCUGACGUCAGUCGCGGUGGUUCUUGUCGCCGGCCUCGGCAAGUCCCACAAGAAGCCGGCGUUCAACUGCACUCAGGCACCUGACAUCGGUAGAGUUUCUAGCUUUACCGGGUAUUGAUCAAAAGAUGAGGUCAUGCUGAUCAAAAUGACAUGAAUUUGAAGCUCGUAGGUCAAUUUGAAGCUCAGGUGUUGAAAUUUGAAAAAGUGAUACCGAAAACUUGAACUUUGGGGGAUCCCGGAUUUUUUAAGUUACCUUUUGGUAUCAAAAUUUAUUCUAGAAGUUUCUUAUGAACUCAAAAAUCACAAAAUACUGAUUAAAAGUAUAUAUAAACUUGAAAAAUUUCAAUAUAAAGUUGAGAUUUUUUUGACGUUGAAGGUCGGGCAUCAAAGAAUGGUUACUAGCUUCUAGUUAAAAUUCUAAAUUUUGUCCAAAGUUUUCUCAAUAAGAAAAAUCUGACAGGACUGAUGAAAUCUGAGUUUUUCAACUUUUAAAUUAAUGAUAAUUGUAAACUCCGACGGUUGACGUUAAGAUUACACUACGAAAAAACGGAAAUCGAGCCCAUUUUUUUUUUCAAAGUUGUAUAUUUCAUAAUUUUCCUUGUAUCUCAGUCAGCAUAGAUUGAAAGAUGAGUUGAUUGGAAUGAUGUAAUUUCGAGGGUAGUAGGCCGAUUGAUGGUUCAGAUAGGAAAGUUUGAAGGUCACAUGCCGAAAAUAGGCCUUGCUGUUCAUAUACCAACUCAUAAAAUCGUGAUUUAAAUCGCGAAAAAAUUAUUUUCGGUAGUCUAGCGACUCUCGCAUGUCUGCGUCUCUCUGUUCCCUCACCGGUGAGGUCAGGAGAAGAUGGAAAUAGCACGUAAACAUGAGAGGGUCGUCGAGAGAUAAGGAGCCUUUCGAGUCGCGAAAAACGGACUAUACCAAAACAUCUAAGAAGGAAAUUCGACAUCUGCAUCUCAAGUGACCACUCAAAAAUCAUAAAACGAUUUUCAGACAUGUUCCACGCGUGUAUAAUGAUGCAGGAUUGGGAUAAAGAGGCCCGAAAAGCCAUCCGAAAACGGCAAGCUUUUCAACAAGUCGUUGGUGAGUACUGUUAUCCUACCAUAGGUCUACAGUAAUCUCGAAACAGUACCUCUUCAACUUGACCUGUUUGUAUAGACUGUGUGCUUGGAAUUUCACCAAACGACAUUCCGCUGUGCAACUGCGCGCCUUUGCGAACCCCGGUCGCGCUUUCGACUUUUCUUUUAUUAAGGUGCUCCACUUUCAUGUGCUCCCACAGCAAUAACAAUUAAUUGAAAGCGUGACCUAGAUUCGAAAGACGCUUUGCGAACGCACGCAGCGGAACAGCGGAAUGUCGUUCCGUGAAAUUUCAAGUCGUGGCGCACAGACUAUACUGACCGAACUCAAAAUUCAGGGGCACCAGGAGUUCCAAACGGCGGGUUUGCGCCGGCGAAUCCGCCAAGAUUUGCUCCAUCAGCUCAAGGCUGCAUGAACAUCCCGUGCAUUUGCCCUUAUAUGGGGGUAUUUCUGAGCUUUCCUAUCUUUCCAAGCUUGUCCUUCAGGGAAGAAUGACAGGGAAUGGCUGUGUGUUGCCAAAUGGUCAGCCGUACUUGAUGGCUCUCCGGAAAGAGUACCGGAUGAUGACCGACAAUGAGAGGACCCGUUGGAAUAACGCCAUUAUUCAGUUGAAACGAAGUGGAGAGUACGACCGGCUCAGUGUUAUGCAUCGACAGGUAAGGUAUUUAAAGGAGCGUUACAAGAAGGUCUCGAAGCGAAAAGCCUUUAUAACAGAAACUUUUGUUCUCUAUAACUGCGACUAUGAAUUUUGAACAUAUAGUCUCUUCAGAUUUUAAAUGUCAAGUAGAAUGACGUCAUUCGAAAACGCUCUGUGGAUGGCUCGCUCUCUGAUUGGCUUAUCGCGCCAUUAGUGGGCGGAGCUUGAGCGGAGACUAGACAUUUGAAAUUUGAACGGACUAUAUGCAUCCCUGUUAAUAUUCCUUCCACUUUCCCUGUAUUUUCCGAGCCAACAGAUCAAAGUUAAGGUCGGAUCAGCCUCCGGCGCUCAUUCCGGCCCCGGUUUCUUGCCUUGGCAUCGUGAGUACAUGAAGCGAAUCGAGAUCGCCGUCAGAAUGGUCGACCCAGGUGUUGCCAUGCCGUAUUGGGACAGGUAACCUUUUUUCUCUUCACUCAGGACUUCCCCUUGUUCCAGCGUCCUCGAGUCCUAUCUACCCGAUCCACGGGACUCAAUAAUGUUCUCCCCGUUGUUCAUGGGCGAGACCGACGGCGCUGGUCAACUGGUUCGCGGACCUUUUGCCGGUUUCCGCACUCUUGAAGGUCGACCGAAUAUUAUCAGGUUUAGUGGAGCAUUCAACAAAACACGUUGAACAUCUUCAGACGUCUCGGAACUGAAGGAAAGAUGUUCUCCGAGGUGAACAUCAACAAUCUACUCAGCCAGAAUGCCAUUCAGAAUGUUCUAGCUUUCACGGCUCCACAAACCGGUAAGGCCUUUGAAAGACUAAAAGUAAUCUAACAGCUUAUUGAUGACAUCAAUGAAAAGGUUGACCAUGCUCGUUCCAGCACUAUGAGCUCCAAAUUUCUAUAGAUCAAGUUCAAAUCAUAAAUUUGGAGACCCAAAUUUGGAUGCUUCAAAGUUUAAACCUAGGUACCUAUAGCUGUCACCGUACUCGAGAGCGAAACCACACCCCUCGAGAACAUCAAUUUUUUCAAAAAAAAAUUAUUGAAUUAAAAUUCCAUCUUUGAACUCUUCCAACCAAUAACUUUCUUCCCAUUCACUAAUUCCCAGGAUGUCCAUUCACUCCCUACUUUGGCGCCUUGGAAUACACUCAUUCUUCGGUGCACCUGUGGAUCGGCGGUGACAUGAAGCCACCUAGUACUUCGGCCAACGACCCAAUCUUCUUCCUCCACCACACCUUCGUCGACUUCAUCUGGGAGAUGUGGCGCCAGUCGCGACAGAAUCGCUUCGCCCGCGAGCAGGUGGGAUACUUUUUUGAAGAGGCUUUCAUUUGAGUUUUCUGUCCAUGUUUUGUAUAUUCCAAUAAGAUCCAAGCGGUAUGAAUAUGAGAAGACGACUGCUUUUUCGACAUUUAGCAGCCUUUUUAAAGAAGUUUUGAAACACAAGUCGCAUCGGGCGUGAUUUCAAGACUUCAUUUGUCGAGUAGUCACAAUUUCCGCUAGAAACUCCGGAGUACAAUGAAGAAGUGCUCAUUGAACCAAUAUAACGACUCGAAAACCAAAAGAAAAUUCACCAUUCUCUUUCAGACCUACCCACCAGACAUCGGAGCCUGCGCCAAUGCUCAACACUUCAGCUACGCUCAAAUGCGACCUUGGGACAAGAUCAACCGCGAUGGUGAGUUCAAAAUCAUGGAAUGAUCAUGAAUAACUUAAGCUCGCCGUAGCGCAACAGGUUGAGUGCCUGGCUACAGUCCACAGGGUCACAAUUUCGAACCCUCGACCCAACCAAGGGGUUUAAGAAAUGUUGGUAGUGGAACCAUGACUUGAAAAUCCCCAGCCAUCCCGCACAAAGACGGAUAUGUCACUCGAGCUAGUCUAUUGAUGAUAAUUACAUAUCAGGAUAGGACUUCGGCUGAUCGAAAUUAUUCUUCUUCUUUCGCCUUUUCACCGCUUGAGAGGCGUCGGCACCCCAGGUCGAUAAGCCGAAGCCCUAUCCUGAUGUCAGUGGAAUGGCUCUAGUGACAUAUCCGUCCUUGUGUGUCAAGGCUUCGGAGCCGUGGUUUCCCACUACCAACAUAUCUUUAACCCCUUUGGUUUGGGUCGCGACGGGGAUCGAACUUGUGACCCUUUGUACCGUAGACAGGCACCCAACCUGUUGCGCUAACUCUGUUUGCCAAUUAAAGAACCCAUUCCAAAAAAAUGCCAACGGUUGAAGUGUCGAUGAGACUUGAUUUAAGGCCUAUCCAACGCCUACACCGACAAUCUCUACCACUACUCGCCACGACCGACGUGCACGCGUCAGAAUCCAAACUGCGGAAGUCCCUACCUAUUCUGCGACCCUCGCGGCAACCCUCACUGCGUUGCCAAGGUCAAGAUGAACGGACUUUGCCGAGGAUUCGAAGGCCUCGACGCGUGUUACCAAGGCUCCUGCGUCGCCGGCUGGUGCCGUCCAGCUCCAUUCCAAGCGGUGAGACUUUUUUCGUGGAAUGAAGGGAGCUUGACUUUGAGUGACGCGAUGAGAACUAAUGGCAACGACUUCGUUAUUACGAUAGCACGUCUCUCAAAAACUUGAACCUUACCAUUGCGAUGAAGAAGCCGGGGGGUGGUCGAAGUUUUGAAAAAAACCGUGAAAGGCAAAAACUUGAAGUUAUAUAUGACUUUGAAUAAGAGUGUCCAAAAUACUUCCUAGCGAAAUUCUGGCAAAUUCUCAACCGAACACCACUUCCACUGUGAAAUAUUCAAACUAUGACCGUUAUAUCCAAAUACUCGGCUUAGACUGUCUCAAGACCUAUUUAAUCAGACUUGAUAGCCAAACAACGAUGAAGCUCUCAUAAUAAUCAAACUUCCUUCAGCCGGCCCAAACAACAGCUCUGACAGUACUCCCACCGCAGCCGACGACUCCCAGACCGACGCCUCCUCCAGCUCAACCUCAGACAACACCAAGACCUUCUACAGCCACGUCACCUGCUCCAGCUCAACCAGUCACCAACAAUUGCUACAACGAGGAUCCUUGCUGCGCCGCCUGGGCUCGCAUGAAUGAAUGUACGACGAAUCCCGCCUACAUGGGAAGAUUCUGCCGGCGGAGCUGUCACUUUUGCACGAAUCCUACUGAUAAUCAGACAGGUCAGCUUCUGAUGGCUUUUUGAAAGUUUACUUGCUUGGCAAUUUAAAGUUAUAGCCGAUUCAAGCUGAGGGGGCGUGGCGUAAAAACACUCUCUUUUCUUUUCGCGUCAAGACCCUUUUUUUAUGGCUCCAGCCAGCCGUGAAUCAGAUGUAGCUUAAAAUUUCAUAGGGAGACAAAAAAGUUGAUAUGGGUGUUUUUAUAAAUUUUUACUAUUUUCAACCUUCUCAAGGAUCCAAAUGAAAUUUUUAAAAAACCUCAAUUCCAGGCUGCCACGACCGACACAUCUCCUGCGCCUACUGGAGGUCCCAGAAUUUCUGCACCCGACGUCGUCAAUGGAUGGCCGAGAACUGCCAGGCGUCGUGCGGCCUUUGCAACUUGUCCGAGGCGCAGCUUUGUCGCUCCGUCGCACAGCUUUCUCGAGCUUAA